UGAUCCAAACGACGUCGUUUACGGAAAAUGGACUUUUCUUUUUUACCUACCAUUGAAAACAAAUUUUAGAGAGCGACCUGCGUGAGUACUAAAUUUUACACCUGCUUCAAGAUGCUCUCCUCUUCCUCAGCUCAAAUUCGAACUCUCCAUUCCUCAAUUUCCCAUUCACUCUCUCCCAAAAUCCGAUCGUACCUAUCUAAGAAUUCGACAUUGCGCGCCAGAAUAAGCAGCUGUGGUUUUCCCCCGACGUCCAUCCGUUCAAUUUCAUCGGCUACAACCACCAUAAUGGCCUCCGCAGAGGAAGCUAGAGUGCCACCUGCAAUUCCGCCACCAACUCCUCCCGUUACCAAGUUUAAGAUUGCACUUUGCCAGCUAGCAGUUACUACUGACAAGGAAAAGAACAUUGCUCAUGCUCGUCAUAUAAUCGAGGGUGCUGCAGCAAAGGGUGCUAAGCUGAUUCUUCUUCCUGAAAUUUGGAACAGUCCAUAUUCAAAUGAUAGUUUUCCAGUAUAUGCAGAGGAUAUUGAUGCUGGUGGUGAUGCAUCGCCUUCAACAGCAAUGCUGUCUGAGCUUUCUCGUAGUCUAAAGAUAACGAUAGUUGGUGGCUCAAUCCCCGAACGAAGUGGUGACAGAUUGUAUAAUACUUGCUGUGUCUUUGAUACAGAUGGAACGCUUAAAGCUAAGCACAGGAAGAUUCAUUUGUUUGACAUUGACAUUCCUGGUAAAAUGACCUUCAAAGAAUCAAAGACCCUUACAGCAGGGGAGACUCCCACUAUCGUCGACACAGAUGUUGGACGUAUUGGUAUAGGCAUAUGCUAUGACAUUCGGUUCCAAGAACUAGCAGCGAUAUAUGCUGCCAGAGGUGCCCACUUGAUUUGCUAUCCAGGGGCCUUUAACAUGACUACUGGUCCCCUUCAUUGGGAGUUAUUGCAGCGGGCACGGGCAGCGGAUUGUCAGUUGUAUGUAGCUACUUGUUCACCAGCUAGAGACACUGGUUCUAGUUAUGUGGCUUGGGGGCAUUCUACUCUUGUCGGGCCAUUUGGUGAAGUACUUGCAACCACAGAACAUGACGAGGCGAUAGUCAUAUCCGAGAUUGAUUAUUCCCUUAUUGAGCAAAGAAGAACAUACCUACCAUUCCAGACACAACGACGAGGAGAUCUUUACCAGCUUGUUGAUGUCCAGAGACUUGGCUCAACAAAAACUGGUUAAGGUGGAAGCAGGAUACUGUUGGUCUGUUGGAAUUCAAUUCUGUCUCUACUUAACAACGGCAAUAGCUUUUGGUUUUUCUUUCCUCAAGACUCAAGUUGCAAUGCACAUGGGUUUAUGUAAACCUAGUCAGCCCCUCUUUUGUAUUGCUUGUAGGAAUGAAUAGAAACGAGGCACAUUUAUUCAACUCAUGACUUGUUUUUUCGAAAGAAAUUUGAAAUUUGAAUAUAUGUGAUAUAUUCUAUUCGAGGAA